AUGACUUCUGACACAGGUCCUACUGAAGAAGCUGCCUUCAGAAGGAGAAUCGAACCCCAGGAAUUUGCAGCCUUCUUUGACCCAAAACAACUCCGUAAAGAGACCUGUCUGCUCUAUGAAAUCCUAUGGAACAGGAGCCAAAAGAUCUGGCGACAUUCGGUUGAAAACACUAACAAACACGCUGAAGUCAAUUUUAAAGAAAAAUUUACUGCAGAUUUUCAUCCAGCUGUCCACUGCACCAUCAUCUGGUUCUUGUCCUGGAGCCCCUGUUCUGAAUGCUCGCGGGUUAUUAGAGAAUUUUUGAGUCAACAUCCUAAUGUGACUCUCAUUAUAUAUGUCGCCCGGCUUUACCAUCACCUGAAUGAAUCAAACCGGCAAGGACUCAGGGACCUCAGAAACAGCGGUGUGCGCAUCCAGGUCAUGAAAGUCCCAGACUACCACUACUGCUGGAGGAAUUUUGUGAACUACUCACCUGGGGAAGAAGGUAACUGUCCAAGAUUCCCACAUGAGCUUAUGAAUCUGUAUUCACUGGAACUCCACUGCAUUUUUCUAAGUCUCCCUUCUUGUUUCAAGAUUUCAAGACGUCACAAAACACUUAAUUGGUUCACACUUACUCUUCAGAACUGUCAUUAUGAAAUGUUUCCACCACAUAUCCUUUCAGUCGUAGCCUAUGAUUUCCGUUCACCCCUUUACUCCAACUUCCUGUGACUUC